AACAUCUAUUUAUUUCCCCCGACCCCCUCGUUACUUUCCUCACCAAUCCUUCCGUCGUUUCUCCCAAUUAUCUGCUUUUGCUUCUCUUCUUCUUCUUCGAAAGUUCAUGAAAAUGGCUCCAAUAGGGCUUCUGUUCGUGGGAUUUCUCUCAAUGUUCUCAUCUGUUCAUGGGUAUGGGUAUGGUGGGGGUUGGAUUAAUGCUCAUGCCACCUUCUAUGGAGGGGGUGAUGCUUCUGGAACAAUGGGCGGGGCUUGCGGCUAUGGAAACCUCUACAGCCAGGGCUACGGGACUAAUACUGCAGCUCUGAGUACCGCUCUGUUCAACAAUGGCCUGAGCUGUGGGGCUUGUUUUGAGAUUAGGUGUGUGAACGACCGAAAGUGGUGCCUGCCUGGCUCGAUUGUCGUCACAGCAACUAAUUUCUGCCCACCCAACAGCGCCCUUCCUAACAAUGCAGGGGGUUGGUGUAACCCUCCCCAGCACCAUUUUGAUCUCUCUCAGCCUGUCUUCCAACACAUUGCUCAGUACAGAGCUGGGAUUGUUCCAGUGGCUUAUAGAAGGGUUCCUUGCAGGAAGAGGGGGGGAAUCAGGUUCACCAUCAAUGGCCAUUCAUACUUCAAUCUAGUCCUCAUAACCAACGUCGGAGGUGCUGGUGAUGUGCAUGCUGUCUCCAUCAAAGGGUCAAGGACUGGGUGGCAACCAAUGUCAAGGAACUGGGGCCAGAAUUGGCAGAGCAACAAUUACCUCAAUGGACAGAGCCUGUCUUUCAAGGUCACCACCAGUGAUGGGCGUAGCGUAGUCUCUUACAAUGUUGCCCCUGCUGGCUGGUCCUUCGGCCAGACCUUCAGUGGAGGGCAGUUCCGCUAGAGAGACCAUCCCUGACCCCUACAGCUACACUUGGGCUGUGGGGAGGUUGGAUAUAUAGACAUACCCUGAUGAAAGGUUGUUAGCGUAGGUGUUUCGGUAAUUAAUUCGUUGUUGGGACGAAGUGAGAAGGGCCUAUUUUAAAAUUGCCCUUGUCAUUUUAAUUUAAUUGUGGGGUUUCUACUUUCUAUUCAUGGGUCCCGUCAGGCCCUUUGUUUUUGAGGUCUAUUUAACUGUUUGUGUGAGAGAAGAAAACACUCAAACAGGGAAUGUAAUUAAGCUUCUGCUGUAAAAACAGAAGCUGGCAGAGGUGAUCCCUUAUCACCCGCCACUAGUAUAUCAAGAGUGGUGUUUUUUUUUAUUUAUUUUUUUUUUGGGGGGGGGGGGGGAGGUUAUCCCCUUUUUUGUUUUUCCCCUCUUUUGGUGAUAGAAAAGACAACGUUAUGCUUAUAAGUUGUAAGCGGUUGUUGUGAUCAGCUAUGCUGAAUAUUUCCUGGCUUAUAUAUGAGACUCUAAAUGUAAAUCUCCAAUUUAUCUCUAGUAAACUCAAAAAGGGUUCUAUCUUCUGAGUUCU